GUCAUAUUUUUGUUAUUCCAGUGGAGACUGGAGAGUGUUACGAUUUGGGAGAGACGACGAUGGAAGAGUUAAGGCGAUUGGAGAAGUUACAGAGUGUUGUAUCAGCCAUCUCUUCUCACGGUUUACUUUCUACUUUGUCAGCUUCCGAUAAUGAAUCUUCUUCUUCUUCUUAUCGAUUCCUUUCCGAGCUCGUACUUUUCCUGGCACAACCAUCCGGCGACCUUGAUAUUGAAACGAAACUCGUCUUGGUCUCUGAUUUCAUACCUAAAGUAUCUGGAACUUUCCUCGAUGGGAUAUCUAGGUCAAUUCGCCGAGAGGAUGAAGCUAAACCACUAAUCACCAGUUCAGUAGUAGUAGAGUCUCAAAAGAGUUGUAUAAAGAGGAGUGUCGCGGCACAGAAAGAUCAAGGAGUCGUGGCAAUGAUCGGGCUUGAUGCAAUGAAAAGAGCAAACUCUACACUUGAGGAUUUCUCGAGGUCUUACUUCAUGUUCCAUCAGUUGGAAAUUAGCGAACCACAGUCAAUAUUCAGAUAUUUACCCGUCCUUUCAUUCACUGAGAGUUACAUAUAUCAGAUGGAUGCUCUUAAUGAGAAGAUUGUCAGUGAAUCCCUAGUCACUUGUUCAAGCCAUGGAUGGAAUUCUGAUUCACGGGUUUUGUUUGAAACUGAUCCCUUGAAGCCGCUCGGAGUUGUGCUUGAACGUGAGGGCCUGUUGACGCAAAGAAUACAACAAGAAUUUAUGUCGGGCAAAGAGUAUUGGGCGUUAGAAAGAAAGCUUUGUCAUGCUCUUUCGAACAAAAAUAAGAUCUGUGUCGAAGAUGUGAUGAGAGCAAUUCAUCUGAAGUCUUUUGAUUACCGGGUGUUGAAUCUUCUACUAUACAAGUUGAGAGGAGAAGAGGUGAAUGAGUUGCACAUGGAGUUCUUGUCAGUUUCAGAGUUCCUGGUGGAAGUAGCUGACGAUCUGUUCGAUUACGAGGACGACGUGCUGGAGAACAGUUUCAAUGUUUUACGAAUGUUUGUGGGAAUGUUCGGUCCAUCAAAUGCACCCACUGAGCUGGCCAAGCGGAUAUCAGAAGCUGAAGAGAAGUAUGAAGAGAUCAUGAAAUCCCUGGAUCCACAUUUGUCUUCAAAUUACCAAAGGAGAUGUGAAGAAGCUACUAAAGAAGGUGGGAAAGUUUGUGGCCCUUCGCUGGGAACAUGGAACAUACCGGCGGUUAUUUCCGACGAAGAUGCGUACCGAGCUGCUCACCGGUGAAAGUUGUAAAACCGGGAUUUUGUUAAGGUUGUAUACCGGAUUAAACCGGGAAUGAAAAUUGGGGAAGAGUAGUAGUACUGGGCUAAUGCCUGGCCUUGGGAUAAAGCCCGUAAAACAAAGACUUUGCUAGAAUUGAGAUAUAAUUUUGGAUCGCCAAACAAAGACUAUAUAAUUAAUUUUGGGUC